AUGAUUGAAGAACAAUCUCCAAUCGUUAAUUGCUGUCAACGUGUUCGUUUUGAUACAGUAUUCCCUAAUUGUCAUGAUUGUUUUCAACCACGAAUAUCAACUAAAACAACUACACAAACUGUAAUGCCUCUUUCAACAAUAAAUAAUGAAACUGCCGCAAUUGCCGAUGGAGAUACUAAUCUUUCACGUAUUUGUUUUAAAGAAAAGGAAGAAUGUAGACCAUCUGAUUCACAAUUAAAUACAAGCGAGUGA